CUAUGUGUUCAGUCUGGGAUCUCCUUCAGGGCACCUCCCUCCUAGUGAUCUUCUCUGGAAACAUCUUCACAGAUAUCCAAAGGUCUCUCUCCAAUGGCUGCCAUUCUCAGGUCUGUCCCACGGGUCUUUAGGGGCUCUCAGUAUGCCUCAGUCCCUCUCUCAGCAAGAAUGUUCAGGAAAAGAGCAGAUGAGAAAUGUGCCCUGGCUGAUAAAGUGGCUGUGGUCACUGGCUCUACAAAAGGGAUUGGCUUUGCCAUCGCCCGGCGUCUGGCUCAGGAUGGGGCCCACGUGGUCAUCAGCAGCCGGAAGCAGGAGAAUGUGGACCGUGCAGUGACCACAUUGAAGGGGGAGGGGCUGAGUGUGACGGGCACUGUGUGCCAUGUGGGGAAGGCUGAGGACCGCCAGCACCUCGUGACCACAGCCCUGGAACACUCCGGGGGUGUUGACUUCCUGGUGUGUGUGGCCGGAGUCAAUCCUUUCGUGGGAAGCACCCUGGGAGCCAGUGAACAGAUCUGGGACAAGAUCCUGGAUGUCAAUGUGAAGUCCCCAGCUCUGUUGCUAAGCCAGUUGCUGCCACACAUGGAGAAGAGGGGGGGAAGCUCUGUUGUUCUGGUGUCCUCUGCGGUAGCUUAUGUACCAAUGCCGAAACUGGGCGUCUACAACACCAGUAAGACAGCCCUGUUGGGCCUCUGCAAGUCCCUGGCCGUGGAGCUGGCUCCAAAAGGCAUCCGCGUGAACUGCAUAGCGCCAGGAAUUACCAAGACUGACUUCGGCCUAGGGGUGAAAGUGGAGAAAACAAUGCUGGACAUGCUGCCUAACCUGAAUAAAGUCUAUGGAUUGCAGCGGUUAGGGGAGCCAGAAGACUGCGCCGGGAUCGUAUCUUUCCUAUGCUCCUCAGAUGCCAGCUACAUCACCGGGGAGAACAUCAUAGCAGCUGGCUUCUCCCCUAGACUGUGAAGACACAACUUGACUUAGAGACAGAACUGAGGUCCUCAAGCAGAAAACAGAGGGCUCGGUGCGAUGUAGGUGAAGGGCCUUAGUGUGUGCUUGGGGUCCAGGUCCAUAUAGGGAACGCAUACUUAAAAAUGGUGAA